AUGCACAUGAGGUAUCUCAGGGUGGGGAAGAUUGAGAAAUACGGGGACAACAGCUGUCGAGAGCUCUUGGUUGGGAAAUUUGUACUCAUGCUGGAGCUGCCUCUCCCUUACCGAGCUACCAUCUUUGGGGGCUUUUGCCCAUCCAAAUCAAUAAUAGUUUCAGGCUCUGUGUCCCCUUCUGCUCAGAGGUUCCACAUCAAUCUGAAAGCAGGGAACGAUACUGCCUUCCAUCUCAACCCACGGUUUGAUGAGAACGUGAUUGUUCGAAACUCUAAACUCAACAUGAGCUGGGGGUCAGAGGAGCGAAACCUGCCCUAUGGGAUGCCUCUGAUGCGUGGCCAACCCUUUACCAUCUGGAUUCAGUGUGAAGGACACUGCUUUAAGGUGGCUGUGAAUGGACAACAUCAGUUUGACUACAAGCAUCGCAUAUGUAACCUGCUUCAGAUAAAUAUGCUCGAAGUGGACGGUGAUGUAACGUUGACCAACAUCCAAGCUUAGAGUUGCUUGUUUGUGGAUGGAUGGGUGCAAUUGAUGUGAAAUGUUGAGCUUUACUACCUAAAGUUUGAAUAAUUGCUCUUUUCAGUGUUUAAGAACCAUAGAAUUUCAGGUUUUUCCCCCUCCCAAUCUAAUUGUUUGAAUAAACCCUUUUU